UCAGCGUUUCCAUUAUCCUUUUCAAAACUUUUUGUUUCUUUGUUUUGUACUGGCCACCGGCUGACAAAAGGGGGCCAUUCAUUCCCUUCUGAUGGAUAGUACUACCUCCGUCCCAAAAUAACUGCAACAAAGUCUUAUACUCAAUCAGACUUUGUUGCAGUUAGAAUUUUAGGACACAACCGACAAAUAGGGAAUUAGACCAUUCUACCCUCGAUUUGAAAUUUUGAAUUCACGUCGUCUUCCUCCUCCACGAGCUCGCACCGUCCUCUUCCCCCAAGAGCUCGCUCCGUCCCCAUGCCCCUGGAGCUCGCUCCGUCCCCAUCCCCCAGGAGCUCGCGCCAUCCUCUUCCCCAGGAGCUCGCGCCGCCCCCAUCCUCCAGGAGCUCGCGUCGUCCCCAUCCUUCAGGAGCUCGUGUCGUCGUCUUCCUCCAGAAGCUUGUGCCAUCUUCCUCCAUGAGCACGCGUCGUCUCCAUCAUCCAAGCGCUCGGCCCCUCGCUCAGGCGCCCAGUUUGGUCACCCCCGCCUCAGCUUGGUCGCCGCCGCGCCCAGCUUGGUCGCUGCCCCCUCAGCUUGGUCCGCACCGCGCCCAGCCCACUUGGCUCGUCGCUGCCGCACGCAGCACGUGGGCUCCAUGCAGGUUCUCCUUGCCUCGCCCCUUGCACAACAACAGAAAUUACUCCAUGAAUGUACAUAUAAAUUUACAGAAGAAUCACUCCAUGUUCUCAUGCUGUAGUUACAGUAAGAUCCUGAACUACAUCAUGGAGUACUUGUCUGUAGUAAUGUGAUCUUGCUCAAGUAAAUCAUGAACUGCAGUUGGGAGUACCUAACUGCAGUAAUGUGAUCUUGCUCCCUGGAGUAAAUUUUACUGUAAAUUCUUCAAACAGACUAGGGUAUCAGUACAUGGAUCAGUUAGAUUCGGCAUAGAUUCAGUUAAAUGCAUAGAUUCAGAUAAAUGCAUAAUCACACAUGAGAUGCUGCACUUGUUUGUCAAAAUACCGAGUAUUGUACUCCUACUACACAGUACUCCUUGUAUAAACAUUACUCAUUUGCAAACAGUGAGAAGUAAACAUGGAGUAAACAUUUAUAAUUUCUCAUUUGCAAAUAGUGAGAAGUAAACAUGGAGUAGUUACUUGUAACUACAACAUUUGUAAUUUAAAGAAGAAUUGUCACUUGUCUGCACAUUAUCACUUGUCUGUCAAGAAACAUCACUAUGAAAUGGAUUAUGUCAAAAUACAAAUCUAUCAUAUGAGUAGCAGAUUGACCAAAUGAGUACUAGUAGCUUGUUUUAAUUUUGUUUAAGGGCAUUCUAGAUCCUAGAGUUGAAUGAUCUGUAUUUCUGCAACCAGACCAUAUUAAUAAGAAAUUUACUCAUUGACUAAUCUGUAUUUUGUUUGUUGCAACCAAUCUAAACAUUACCGUAGUUAAAUGCUAAUCAAAUGAAGGAGCAUUUUGUCUCUACAGCUAGAAUCUUACAGAGUACAAAUGCAGAAGAAGUUUCAGUUAAAUUCACAAGAAGUUCCAGUUACUGCUACUCUAGCAUUAUCUAGAUGGCAUUGCUACUACUCAUUCCAGAGUAGAUUGCAGAAGGUACAUAGUUUCAGGGUUAAGCAACCUAGAGAUAAGAUCUAUGGUUUCUUUGUUUUUUCCUUUUUGGAGUAUUAAACUUGCUUUUUUGGAAAAUUACAGAGUAAUUAUGGUGCAAUAGGAAAAGCAGCAACACUUAUUGGGGCAGAACAAGAGGAACAAUAGGAGAAGCAACAACACCAGCAAUGGUGCUACCAGAUUUGAAUUGCACACCACCUGCAGGAGAAGGAGCAGAUGUCAACAUGGUCCAAGAAGAAGCAAAUGAUGAUGUCCAAGAAGAAGCUGAUGAUGAUGACAAUAUGCUUGAAGAAGAAUCUGAUGAUAAUGACAAUAUGCUCCAAGAAGAAGGUACCGGUAUGCUCGAAGAAGCAACAGGUGGUCAGCACAUACGUAGGCAAAGAAAUUCAAUGAUAGAUGAGCAGAGAUAUGCUGCCUACAUGGCACUGCAUACCCUGAAUCUGGCCAAGGGUGGCAAGUUUAAAAGAAAUGACAAGAAGGAUGUUGCUCAAAUAUUUCAAGCUGGUUUUCAACAUAUUCGUAAAAUCUGGAUGACAGCAAAGGAACAAAUAGUGCUUGGUCGGGAGGUGGAUGUAUCCAGCAGAAGGAAAGGAAGAUGUGGAAGAAAAGGAAAGGAUGAUACUCUAUCCCAAAUCCUGACAGUUGCAUUGAAUAGAAGGUCGACUCUCAGGUCACUUGCUCGCCAAUUGGGUGUCAGUCAUACUACACUCUACAAGAAACUCAAGCUUCACAAGAUUAGGAGGCACUCCAAUUGUCUGAAGCCAUCUUUGGAAGAAAAGAAUAGUAGAGAAAGGAUAAAGUUUUCUUUGUCAAUGCUUGACGAGACCACUUUAGCAGCUCCAAGACCUAAGUUCAUUAGUAUGCACAACAUUGUGCAUAUUGACGAAAAGUGGUUCUAUAUGACGAAAAUGAACAUAAACUACUACCUCCUCCCCGAAGAAGAUGACCCGGUCAGAACUAUUCGGAACAAGAAUUGUAUUGGGAAAGUGAUGUUUCUGACCACUGUUGCUCGACUCAGAUAUGAUGCUGAAGGCAAUAUGACAUUCUCAAGUAAAAUUGGUGUCUGGCCCUUUGUGCAAGAGAUUCCCGCUGCUAGAAGAAGUGAAUAAAGAGCAAGAGGGACCAUUGAAAUCAAGUCCGUCAAUGUGAACGACGGGUAAUGAGGAGACAUAUGAUAGAAAAAGUGGUUCCAGGAAUGAAGGAAGUUUGGCCCACAGACGAUACCAAUCCAAUAUUGAUCCAACAAGAUAACGCGAGAACGCACAUUCUUCCUGGUAAUGCAGAGUUUGCAGAAGUUGUGGCUACAACUGGUCUGGACAUUAAAAUAAUAAACCAGCCUCCAAAUUAUCCUGAUCUAAAUGCACUUGAUAUUGGAUAUUUCAGAUCCCUUGAGUCUUUGACCGACUGUAGAGCACCCACGACUAUCAAAGAACUGAUUCAAGGUGUGCAGGAAGAAUUUGAUGAGUAUGAUGCCGAGAAACUCAACAAAAUAUUUCUAACACUUCAAACAAUCAUGGUAGAAGUCAUGAACCAUGGAGGAGAAAAUACGCACAAAAUUCCACAUUUGCGCAAGGAGAGAUUGGGAAGGCAAGGAAUCCUACCACCGAGGAUUCACUUUCCCCGUGAAGUUUAUGAAAAUGCCGUAG